GUGGCGAGGCAGCAUCUACAAAAUAGUAUGGGCCGACCUUAUCCUUUUCCUCGGCCUCUACUAUGCUUUGAACCUCAGCUACCUCUAUGCUAUGAACCAGUAUACUAAAGAACACUUCGUUAAAGUGGUUAACUACUGUGCAAGAAACGGCAACUUGAUACCGCUCAGCUUCGUGCUGGGCUUCUUUGUGAACAUCGUCUACAGCAGGUGGUGGAGCCAGUUUCAAGCCAUUCCCUAUCCAGAUAACGUGGCCUUGCUGAUCGGAGCCAACAUCAAAGGCCAGGAUGAACGGGCGAGAAUCGUUAGGCGCACCAUCGUCAGAUACAUCUGUGUCACCUUCACCUUCACCCUCACCCUGAUGUCCCCUAAAGCCAAGAAGCGCUUUCCCACUCUGAACCACUUUGUAGACGCCGGCCUGUUUACCAAAGAGGAGAAGAAAAUAUUCGAGGACUUGGACAACGAAUAUCCCAACUACACAAAGAACUGGCUGCCUUUGGCCUGGGCAGCCAACAUAACCACAAGGGCUCGACAUGAAGGCAUCAUCAGGGAUGAUUGCUCAGUAAAAUGCAUUCUGGAGCAAAUCAACAUCUUCAGGUCCAAGUGCGGGGAAAUGCUCGCCUAUGAUUGGAUCAGCAUACCGUUGGUCUACACCCAGGUAGUCACCAUAGCGGUAUACACGUACUUCCUAAUCACAGUGAUUGGUAACCAGUUCAUUGAAGUGGACAAAAAGUACGUGGAUCGACUCAUAUUCAGUUUCCCUUUUAUGCCAGUGCUGGAGUUUUUCUUCUACAUGGGCUGGCUCAAAGUGGCCGAAACGUUAAUCAACCCAUUUGGCGAGGAUGAUGACGACUUUGAUGUGGUCUGGAUGAUCGAUAGACAUAUCCAGGUUUGCUACCUACUAGUAGACAAAAUCCACCAGGACCAUCCAAAGCUGAAGAAGGACUACUACUGGCAACAAACCGCACCUGACACUUUGCCAUUUACCGUAGCGUCGCAACAGUAUAUGAAAGACACACCAGUACAAUCGGCUGAAAAAUUGCAAGUCAAAAAGACUGAUCAGGAUCUGAUAAUUAGAGAAGAGGUUUCCCAUCACCGACCAAGGUCGCUUUGGGGCAGCUUGGGCAAUGUUCUUUUCUCCAAUCGAAGACGAGGAGACAACAAAUACUGCCUGAGAAGGAUUGCUGUGGAUGACAACGCAGAGAUUUUCGACGAGAUGUUUGGUCAAGCUUUGAAGACAACGGGAAAACAGUCGGUCAACACCUACGAGGAGGAAGGACCGAACAAAAUCAAAGUUCCCAUCUUUGUCAAGACGAAUUGCAAUGAAAAUGUAGAGGAGUUUGAGUGUCUGCGAAAACAGCGACUGGAGCACCAAAGGGCGAAGUUACUCAAGUAUAUGGAGCUGUUAAAAGCCAACAAGGGGCAAGAUGGGGCUCAGAUUGUCAAAGCCAUUAUUAAAUAAACGCAGAUUAAAAGAGCAAAAAAUCAGUAUAUAAAAUCACCAUUCAAAUACAGGAAUAAACUUUGUAAAAAUCAGCCGCCGUCUUAAAGUUGAAAUUGUUGAAUUUGAUUAAACGUCCUGAACGUU